ACCAGGCAAAGACUUUCACAGAACUCUCUUGACAUCAAAGUUCUUUUCUUACAUCCUUGCCCUCUGACUCCGUGAAAAUGAAAAUUGACAUUCAUUGUCAUAUUCUACCAAAAGAAUGGCCAGAUCUAAAGAAGAGAUUUGGCUAUGGAGGCUGGGUGCAGCUCCAACACCACCGCAAGGGAGAAGCAAAGAUGCUGAAAGAUGGAAAGGUCUUCAGAGUGAUCCAAGAGAACUGCUGGGAUCCACAAGUCCGUCUUAGAGAAAUGAACCAAACAGGAGUGACUGUUCAAGCCCUUUCCACAGUUCCUGUCAUGUUUAGCUACUGGGCCAAACCUCAGGACACUUUAGACCUGUGCCAGCUUCUGAACAAUGAUCUCGCUGCCACAGUGGCAAACCACCCCCGGAGAUUCGUGGGUCUGGGGACUUUGCCCAUGCAGGCUCCCGAGCUAGCUGUCCAGGAGAUGGAACGCUGUGUGAAGGAGCUGGGCUUUCCUGGGGUCCAGAUCGGCUCCCACAUCAAUGACUGGGAUCUGAAUGCACCCGAACUCUUUCCUGUCUACGCAGCAGCUGAAAAACUGAAUUGUUCUAUUUUCGUGCACCCCUGGGACAUGCAGAUGGAUGGAAGAAUGGCCAAGUACUGGCUCCCUUGGCUAGUAGGAAUGCCAGCAGAGACUACCAUAGCUAUUUGCUCCAUGAUCAUGGGUGGUGUGUUUGAGAAGUUCCCUAAGCUGAAAGUGUGUUUUGCACACGGAGGUGGUGCCUUUCCCUUCACAGUGGGUAGAAUCUCCCAUGGAUUUUCUGUACGUCCAGAUCUGUGUGCUCAGGAUAAUCAAAACAAUCCAAAGAAAUACCUUGGUUCCUUUUACACAGACUCCUUGGUUCAUGAUCCUCUUGCUCUCAAGUUAUUAAUUGACAUUAUGGGAAAGGAUAAAGUAAUUCUGGGAACUGAUUAUCCUUUUCCACUGGGUGAGCUGGAACCUGGGAAAUUAAUAGAGUCCAUGGAAGAAUUGGAUACAGACACAAAGGAUAAACUCAAAGCCGGCAAUGCUCUAUCAUUUUUGGGCCUUGAGAGAAAACAAUUUGAAUGAUUGAAUUUAAUAUUAACUUUCAAAAAGCUAUUUUACU